AUGGCCGAGGUACAGAGGAACCACAGACCAGCUUCGCGAGGAAAUUUCGAUGGCACACAAGAUCAGAGACGAGCUUCAUUCUCGCCCAGAAAGAGUAGCAUGGCACGACCAACCAUUCGUAUGCAAGAAGCACCUCCGAGCCCAGAUACCUCAGGAUCGCCACGACCAGGCAUGUCCAGAUCUUCAUCUGGUCAAGUGGAUCAUGCCUCAAGCUCUCACUCUAGAUCGGCUUCCCAACAAUCAUCUAUCAAACAUCUUAAUUCUAUCAAGCAUCUCGAUUCUAUAGGACAACUUUCUUUGAAAGAUCUUCCGACUGCUGGUACUGGUGCUGGUGCUGAAGAAGCAGAACCGGAACCACUGCCCAUGCUACAAUACCACCACCAGGGCCCAGAUGAGUCCCCUGUGAAGAGAAACAAUCCCAAUCGCAUUUCUCAAGCAACGAUGAACAGUGUCGGUUCUUCUUCCAGUGGUGGAGCUCUCAGACCACCGAGGGCGUCGGGACCCCGUGCUGUCUCGCAGAACUCAUUGGGUGCUGAACUUCGAGCAAGCACGUAUUCGCCUUUAUCUGCAGACGACAGCCUGUCCGUGAGCGGUUCGCCUCGAGUCUACGCUCGCAACCAGGCUGGCAACCGACGUUCGCCUGACACCAGACCAAUGUCAUACAUCGAUUUGCUGAACGAAGUGCCCUAUUCGCAGCAAGUGGCACCAGCCCCAAUGAACAACACCAGUCUUCAAUCUGCCAUUGGAAACAACGCUUCAUUGCUCGACAACAAGAAAACCCUCGACAUGUAUCGUGCAAACGUCAANAAGACUAACGAUCCCAGCAUCCAAUAUGAAUUCGCCAUCUUCAUGAUUAACGCAGCCAGAGAUCAUGCUGAGGAUAUGGAAUCAGCUGCAGAGUUGAUCAAAGAAGCCCGUGGAAUCCUCCAACGACUCUCAGAUCGCGCCUAUCCUUUUGCGCAAUACUAUCUCGCCGAUGGUUAUUUCUCUGGGCUGUUCAACAAAGACAAGCCAGAUUACGACAAGGCUCUGCCACUNUUUGUCGCGGCAAGUAAGCAUGGUCAUGCAGAAUCAGGAUAUCGUGCCGCACUGUGCUACGAAUUUGGAUGGGGUUGCGCUAGAAACUACCCCAAGGCGGUGCAGUUCUUCCGUGCUGCUGCGUCAAAAGGUCAUCCAGGAGCGGCAAUCAGACUUGGCAAGGCUUGUCUCACUGGCGAUAUGGGACUCGUAAAUAGAUACCGUGAGGGUGUCAAAUGGCUAAAGCGUGCUACGGACUCUGCCGACUAUCAAUACAACAGCGGUCCUUAUGAACUUGGAUUGUUACAUAUUACUGGCUUCGGCGAGGACAUCUUCAAGGAUGAAGCAUACGCCGCUCAGCUCAUGACCAAAUCAGCAGAGUUGGGCCAUCCAGAAGCAAACUACCGAAUGGGACAAGCGUACGAGAAUGGAACAUUCGGAUGUCCCAAGGAUGCUGCAUUAAGCGUUCACUUCUACAACGGCGCAGCAUCAAAGGGCUUGCCUGAAGCUAUGAUGGCAUUAUGUGCCUGGUAUAUGGUUGGAGCCGAGCCGGUGCUUGAAAAGGAUGAAGUUGAAGCUUACGAAUGGGCGAAGCGAGCUGCUGAGUUGGGUAAGGGUCUUGAUUUCGGGAUACUCGGACAACAAAUGCUAACAUAUGCAGGACUUGCAAAGGCCGAAUAUGCCGUGGGUUACUUCACAGAGAUGGGUAUCGGUUGUCGUCGUGAUCCUCUGGAAGCCAACGUGUGGUAUGUUAGAGCUGCCGACAAGGGUAAUGAGACUGCGAAACAACGACUCGACAUCAUUAGAGCAGCAGCUUCUGGCGAUUCAGGAAUACCCAUGGCCAAGGGCAAGGCGAAAACGAAAGAACUCGGCGGCAGUAAAGAAAAGGAGUGUCUUGUCAUGUAA